CUGAUUCCCGGCAGUUUCCUCUCGAAUCUAGCGUAAAGCGAUACUGUUAAGGAUUACGGUGCAGUGCGUCAUCAGAGACGUUGCAGUGCUCGGCAAUGACGCUCCCAUCUCUUCUUGUGCCUAUGCUCUGUAAUAUGUAUAUUUUUCGAAGAGGAGACACUAUACUGCAUCUGACUUUACUUCCCACCGGUACGUGUUUCUAUUGCUGCCCCAUCCAGUUCAAUCGGGACAUCGAAUUUCAAUUGUAUACCAGGCGGAAUCCGACGUAUCCAACUCUACUGGAUCUCAACGAUGUCACAACAUUGUGGAGAAGUAACUUCAACGUAAAACACCCGACUGUCGUUUUCAUUCACGGAUACAGUGACAGCGCUUUAGGGAAAGGUGCCGUCACUGUAAAAAACGCCUACCUUCGUCGCACGUCCUGUAACGUUAUAUUAGUGGACUGGCCGAAACUGACAACGCUACCAUGGUACGUAACGGCAGUGAGGAACACCAGAAUCAUCGGACCACACUUGGCCCGCAUGAUGAGCUGGCUCGAUGCGCAGAAAGCGGUCCCUUUAUCGAAAAUUCACGUGAUCGGCUUCAGCUUGGGCGCGGAGGCCGCCGGCUUUAUGGGGAAAGCACUAGCGCCCCGAAAGAUAGGCAGAAUCACCGGAUUGGAUCCGGCUUAUCCUUUGUACAUGGACACCGGGGAGGAGGGCCACCUGUCGUGGGCCGACGCCGCUUUCGUCGAUGUCAUUCACACCGACGGCGGUCAUUUCGGCUUCGCCAAUCCGAUCGGCCAUGCCGAUUUUUAUCCCAACGGCGGCAGCAGGCGUCAGCCCGGCUGCGAUUUGAGAAGCAUCUUACGCAUGGGUUUUAGAAGAAUCAUAAAUCAAUUGAUCACCUGCGGACACAAUCGAGCUUGGCGCUACUACGCGGAGUCGGUGAACAGUCCGUACGGAUUUCCCGCAAGCCGCUGCCCGAGAUGGAAUCCCGGGAUUCGGGCGAACUGCGUGUGGAAACCGGACGCUUACAUGGGCUACAAGUGCGACGCGAGAUAUCGAGGAAAAUUCUAUUUGAGCACGAAUGCGAAACCGCCGUACGCGAGAAAUUCGACGCGCCACAGAUCCGGCAAAUGAGGAUCGGUGCGCAACGUUCUUGAUUUGGAUGAACCACAUUGAGAAGCGAUUCUUCGUUGACGAUCGCUUCCGCCGAGAUAUUUAUCUCGGAUAAAGUUUAACGAAGGGAGGAUAUUUUUGCGACACCAUUUCAGAUAAUGUGUUUGCGAUGGAAACGCUUGAUACAUUUCUGCCGUCUUCAGUAUUCUCGAUAGCGCGACCAAAGAUGGAAGAUCCUUACGGUGAUAAUAAAAGCAUUUACCCGCAGGAUAAACAAGAGAAGUUCAUUAUGGAAUGCUACGUCGAAAAGCUCGAAUUCCAAUUCCAUCGAGUCGAUGAGAAAACAACUCGUGCUGGCCGCUUUUAACGCCAAGCACUGCGAUCUCGUGCCAGAUAGGGGCGCAUUGUUUACAACAUUUACCGUUCUCCAGCUCUACCUCUAAUUGUCAACGAUAUACGAGAGCAAUAGUCAUUUUAGCGCGACUAUAGUUUAAGCUUCAUAACAGGACGAAUACGUGACUGAAACUGCAAUAGCGGAACGUGACUUUGCAUGAGAAUACUUUUGUGUCGUAUGCGAUAAUAAAUUCAGAUUAUAAGAAUACGACGAAGUUAAUUUGUAUCGUUUGUUAAUGUCUGCCCGUACAUCUUUUAUAAGCACGAAAAGUUAUACGCAAGUUCCGGCACGUAAUUCAAUAAAUCUGUUGACGUUUAUUAGAAUUUUGUCUCUAUACUUAUUAGAAAUGGCAUAUUCUUAUGUAUGCAUCGAGGAAAAAAAAAAAAUGUAAAACGUGAAUGACGAAUAAGAAUGCUAA